AUGGAGAGGUCGCUGUUGCCCGUAGAUCCACAACGACGACGGCGUGUGGUUGCGCCUCAGCCAAGACACCAUCCACCAGUACUGCAGCAGCGGGCACGGCGAGGCGUGGUGCCUGCAGUACAACCAGCACCUGGGCAAGACGCUGCUGCUGCCCGUGGAGGAGCCCAAGACGAUCCUGGACCAGGUCAUCAAGGAGACCAUCCUGCGCAAGCUGCCGGACUCCUCCGCUGCCAAGGACGGAUGUACUGGUCGAAUCUGCGGUCGCGCGCGGCGCUGGGGCCCGGCGAGUACACCGUGGUGAAGUGCGGCGCCUCCGGCCACAACGUGCGCUCGCGGCCCUCGCUCAAGGCGCCGCCCGUGGGCAUGCUGGUGCUCGGCAACCAGGUCACCGUCACCGACCACGUGGUGACGAGCGAGGGCACGUGGGUGCAGCUGGACCGCGACACCAUGCGCAAGUUCUGCUUCAACACGGAGGGCGAGGCGUGGUCGCUGGCGCUCAGCCGCACCGACGUCGUCUACCUGCGCCGCGACGGCAUGGACGCCCUGGAGACGGGCGAGGCGCGCGUGACGUCGGAGAGCGCGGGCCCCUUCGGCUCGUCCUCGCGCGGCCGCGGCUUCGACUUCGGCUGCGGCGCCGGCGGCCCCUUCGGCGCGGCGCCGUCGCUGGCGCCCGACCUCGGGCCCUCGCCCUUCACGUUCGGCGCGCCCUCGGCGGGCGGGCGCGAGCCCUCCACGGCGUCCCCGCUGCCCUCGAGCGGCGCCUCCUCCAGCCUCGGCGCCAACCCCUUCGUCUUCGGCUCGCCCUCGCCCUCCCCUCCCCGCUCCCGCCCCCGCCGCGGCCCCGCCGCCGCCCCCGCCCCUACGCCCCCGCCCCGCCCGCCCGCGCCGCUGCUGGGCGUGGCGGCGGUGAACGCGUGGCGGCGGCGGCCGCUGCCCGCGCGGCGGCGCCGCCGACGCCCGCCACCCACCGCUGGCCCGAGUCGGCGCCGCGCGCCGCAGCCGCCGCCGCCCCCG